AUGCCGCAGCUCAAGGCUCUGGACGACCAGCACGACAACCUCACCCGCUUUGUGCACUCCCAGGCAGAGACGGUGGCGCGCACCUCGGCGGACCUCUCCCGAAAUCAGGAGGAGAUCGACAAGCAGGCCAUGGAGGUAGCAGCCGCGGGGGAACUCUAUGACAAAGCUCAUGAAGAGUCCAAGCGGGCUGAGGAUGGCUACAAGGCCCACAUGGUUGCCGUUGCUGUGGCAAAGAAGAGGCGCGACGACCUGAAGAAGAAGACCGACGAGGCGAAGAAGACCCUGGAGCAGAUGCAGCCGAAGUACAACGCUGCAGAGUACCAGCUGGGCAUCCUGCUGUCCAAAACUCCGGAGCUGAAGGAUCAUGCAAGGGCCAAGGAGGAUGAGGAGGAAAAGAAGGGCGACCAGCUGGAGAACGCCGCGCAGAAGAAGAAGGAUAUGCAGGACAAGUUGGCUGGCAGCGAUGCUGCCCUGCAGGCCGCUAUCGCAAAGCUGAACGGCCUGAACACAGACUUGAAGCGUGUGGAGGAUAAGGUGGAGAAGUGGAGCGGAGCUGGGGCACUUCACGCGCCCUUGGCCUUCCUGGCUCUAAUGGCUGCCUUUAGCUUCUGA